AGAGUCUCGCGGCAGAAGCACGCUGUUUGCCGGCGGUUCCACUCUUCCGGCUGACGGGUUAAAUGUGAUACGACAUUCUGCUCUCACCUGACAAAUUCCACCUGGGGAAUUAAUUGACACGGAAUGACUUCACGUGCCGAGACGAAUGAUUAAAUUGCGGAAGAUGCCACUCUGACUAAUUCUCGUGAGCAGUGUGGCGGAAAGUCGAUGAGCUUCGCGCGGCUGAUGACAAAUAGAAUCUCAUAAAUUCUCGUGUGUUUGGCAGUGUUGUGACGCCAAAAAGGCGCCAAAGAUACGUGAAAUUGGAUUUUCUCUCAUCCUAAUUGUCUCGAGUCUCUCCUCAAAAAUUGAUUCCUAUCCGACGUUCGCGACUAAUUAAAUUCCGAUCACCUGCCAAUGGAAUCCACGUGAGAACCGCUGUGCAUGCCAAAAGUCGCCGGUGCACUUCGAGGAGCAGAAUGGGAGUGAAUUCGUCGUCGAGGAGCGACACUAGCCUCUUGUCAGAUGAGGAUGUGAAUUUCGAUCACUUCCAGAUACUCAGGGCGAUAGGAAAGGGCAGCUUCGGCAAGGUGUGCAUUGUCCAGAAACGCGACACGGGACGCCUGUUUGCCAUGAAAUACGUGAGUCGCGGCGCGUGCUCGGGUCGGGGCGCUCUGGGUGGCGUGCUCAAAGAGGUGGAGCUGCUCUCGACGCUGGAGCAUCCCUUUCUCGUCAAUUUGUGGUUCUCCUUUCAAGACGAAGAGGAUCUCUUCAUGGUGUGCGACUUGCUGGCAGGCGGUGAUCUUCGAUACCAUCUCCAACAGCAGGUGGAGUUCUCCGAAAGAAGUAUUGCCUUACUUGUGUGCGAACUGGGCUCAGCUCUCGACUACCUACAAUCGCAGCGCGUUCUUCACAGGGAUAUUAAGCCGGACAAUAUUCUCCUGGAUGAAGAAGGUCACGCACAUAUAACAGAUUUUAAUAUAGCAACUCGAUUGCUUCCUGAUGGAUUGGCGUGCAGUAUGUCAGGAACAAAGCCCUACAUGGCGCCGGAGGUUUUCAUGUGUGCCCUCGAAGAAAUUGCUGGUUACACUUACCCAGUGGACUGGUGGUCGCUGGGAAUUGUGGCUUUUGAGAUGCGAGCCGGCGCCAGACCGUUCGUUGUUCACUCCAACACACCGCUGGAUGACGUAAAGAAUUUAUUAAUUACGCCCCUGCAUUAUCCACGCUACUGGAGUGAGAACUUCACAGAUCUGAUCAACAGGCUGCUGGAGCCUGACCCAGGUGGCCGGAUAAGCUCGCUGCGUGAGCUGAAGAGGACACAAAUCUUCCGACACACGGAUUUCGAGGCGAUCCAGCAGAAGAAGACAAUCCCGCCCUUCAAGCCACCCAAAGACCAUUUGAACUGUGAUCCCAGCCUGGAACUGGAGGAGAUGAUUGUAGAGACGAAACCACUGCACAAGAAGAAGAAGCGCCUGGCGAAGCAGCGCUCCAUUCAGAAGGAGAACGACCUGGAGAGCACGCUCAUCAAGGAGUUCAUCGUGUACAAUCGCUACAAGGAGAUGAAGCGGAAAGCCAUGGAGCUGAAGGAGAACGCGUGGCAACAGGAGCUGGAGACGGCGAUGGCCAAUUCCGAGGUGGCGCACCUGAAGCCCAUCGAGGAGGCCACCAACGAGCCCAGCACUUCCGGCGCCGCUGAGCCUCUCGACUAUAUUGAUCGCACGCCGUCGCCCAAGUCGAGCGUAUGAGAGUGGACCCUCGCCCAUCUGCCACUCUGCUGCGACUCCCAUCGCCACAUGCAGAGCGCAAAUUGAGAAAGUUUGGGGUGUCAUUGGCACCUUGAUAUCAAAAACAAGAGACUUCUUCGCCGUCAUCAUGUCAAUUUUCACAAAACUUCUCGCGUGCAUCCUAAUCAAAUCAUGAGAACUAACUGAGGGUUGCCAGUGAACACUUUAAAGCCCAGGUAUGUAGACUUGAGUACUCUAUCAAGGGCAAAUUGAAUUUUCCACUGACGUCAAAGGAUUAGAAGCGCACUUUGUUUGUUCCAGAUUUAGUGAUAAUUUAAAACUUUGACGUGACUCUGAACUUCCGUCUCAAUAAUGCGUUUCUAUGUCUUCCAAUUAAUUGGUUGUCGUAGGUUACUGAGUAGACAACAAUCUCGCUGAACAAAGUUUAUUUAUACGAGAGCAAAGAGGCGCAUUUAACAGCAUUUUGUGUUCAACAGCCUUGUGGCAUUGGAUGGCUUCAUAUUUUCCUUACCAUCUGCAAAACUCACGCGGAAGUUAUCUGUUAUAAAUAAACUGUGGCGUCAUGAAUUUCAUUUGCUCCUUCUUAUAAUACCUUUGUGCACAUACCUGGCUUUAAACCACCAAGACAAAGUGCAACAGUCGCUCGUGAGACUUGUUGCAAAACCUACAAAGGCUUGCUUUAAAGCACAAUUCUAAAGAGUGAAAGAAGAGACAUGAGUUAUGAGAAGGAAUUCCUUGAAAUAUCGUUCUUUUUCUGUGAAAUUGCGCAAGUGGAAAAUUAUUUCCUUUCUCUCUCCUCGUCAAGUGGCAGAAACAAAGGCAAGGAUGAAGGAAAGUAUUUCAAUAUUUGAUGAAUACUUAUGUUCAUACAAAUUAAACCGCCGACCUCAUCCUCAGACUCUGCAUGAUUUCCAAGUCACUUGCCUCGAAUUGAUACUCGAUUUGGGGGUGGAUUUAAAUAUCAGCACUCAGAGGGAAGAUGAUCCUCCUGAGAGAUUCGAUAUAAUGACAGAAGAUGUAUGCAUACUCGCAAGGGGAUAAAGAUGGGCUACAGAGAUUCUCUCCCUUCAUUGUGUAGCAUUUUCCUAUACAUUUCGGCGUCUAUGGCAUCAACACGAGUAAUUUAUUCGUGAUUUCUGGCGAAUAAUCAGAGUAUCAUCAUCAUCCGACUUCUUCCUUUUCCGAUGCCAGCCGCACCUUGAAUCCACCAGAGAAGACCCAGGGGAAUUGUGUGUGUGUGUGUGUGCCAUUUGGAGGAAAUGGAGGAGAGAAAGGUAUAAUUUUGUCCUGACGACGAUGACGUGUAAUCAAAGCUUAAGAUAUUCUUCCCUUUAUCCAUUUUAUUCGAAUUAGACAAGAUGAUAGCACGUGACGAGACACAAAGGGAAUUCUAAAUUUAAUUUAGAGAAGAUAGAAAUUCAAAUUCCCACCCCCACACAAACCACCCUCAAAAAUCCUCUUAAUUCUUUUUUCAAGGCAACAGUACUUAGAAGAUUGACCUGCUAUUGCUCGAAGCGCGGUUUCUGGACGCGAGGGUGGAAAAGGGUGGACAUUCUGUGAGUGCGGAAGUGUUUUUUUUCCACCGUAGAUCGCAAUGAGAGAAUAAGAGAACGCGGAAAAAAAUACAUUUUAAUUUUCCUCUGUGAAAUAUGUUGAAUAAAUUAUCUGAUGCUGAUAAGAAAUGUGCGGUUGAAAAAAUCAUGAGGGAAAUUCUGUUAACUCCCAAAAUUAAUUCUUCCCUCACCACUCUGCACAAUCUCUCUCCUAAUUGGCAUCCCUUUCUACUCCACCCCCUUUCGAUUUAGUUGCACGGGACUGUGAUAUAGAGAACAAAAGAUAUAUGACUUCAUUUUAGAGGAAUCAUCAUGAUACACAAGAUUAAUUAAACUUAAUUACAUUCUCAAUAAAGUCAACUUUUAUAGAGAUCACCUUUAGUGUAGCGAAGGCAGUGAAGCGAUAAAUGCCGAAGGAGACAGUUAAAGUCGCACAUAAAAUUAGUCAUAAAAUAUAGCAGGAAAUAUAGAGAUAAAUAUUUGCCAUUUUCUCACUUGGAUGAGACAAAAAGCGAUUAUCCUUGACACUUUCAGAAAAAAAGAUGUAUAUGUGGAUGAGAAAGACAAGUCAUUAAAUAGGACCAAAACUGCAUUUCAAGUAAUGGAGAUAAAACACUUGUUUCACAAUUGCUAGUUCAAAAAAACUAAUAUUAUAUAAAAGUCACUCAAUAUUUAUAGUUGUAAGAGAGAUCUUGAGAAAAUAUAUAAAGAGCU